AUGGUUCUCAAGAUGACUGUUGCCUCGCUCAUCAGCACCAGCCACUACCUAGUCCUGGACAGCGAUGUGCUACUGGUGCGACCCGUGGGUCCGCAGCAAGCCCACUGGCUCUUCCCGCUGCCCGGUCGCGCCGUCUUCCAACCGCAACGCCGCGUCGCGCACCGAACCUGGUGGGACGCCACUGAGUCCCUCCUUGACCUCAAGGGCUGCCUCUCCACUGACCCAGAAACCCGAGUGUUCGGCGUAACGCCUGCACUCCUCGCGCGUGACGUGGCACUCGAGACGGUGCGUUACUGGGACACCAAGAUUGGCGGGGGAAGUCGAAUGGACGCGAUGCGUCGCAUGUUGCCGCGCGACACGCCCUUCUUCACG